AUGUAUAAUUUCAUGAUCAUAGACACUGCAGAAGUAGAUUCCAUUUUUGCAAAGUAUUGUGGUCUGGUUAUAGGAGGUGCUCAGCUGUUUGGAAUGGUUGAAAUCGGACCAAAUUUCUAUUUGGAACCUAUGAAAUCAGUGGAAACAAUUUUUGGGAGUUUGGUUAUCAAAGGAACUGAUUUGACUGACUUUGGAUUUUUGGAGAACUUGAGAUACGUGGCGCAGUUGGAACAUAAACCUGCCAUUCUAAUCGAGAACAACAGCAAACUCACCAAUGUCACUUUUCCAAAACUAAAAAGAAUCCGUUCUCAUACAACGGAUGUCUUGAAAUUCGAUCUGAAUAAUCGAGAAAUCUCUACUAACUCUUCUCUCUGCUAUGACCUCCGAAAAUCGUUGAGCUUGUCAGAUUUUGCUCCAACUUUUGAUGGGUUUGCUUGUGAAACUCUCGAAUUUAUGGAAAAACAAGUCAAGGACACAAAAAAAUAUGCAGACAGUUUGUCGUUACUUCCAGCCGUGAUGCUUCUGUUUUUGAAAUUGUAUAAAUAUAAUAUUUUCUAA